UUCUAAAAGACCACCACUGGCAUUGCUGCUGCACCUGCCAUUCUGUGUCUGUGUGGAGUGGACACGGAGGGAUCAACACUUUUAAUUUGUGUAAGCUCAGCUCUGUGUCACAUAGAAAGUGAAUAUCGUGUCAGAAUGGCGCGGCUGGCCAGGCCAAAACAUCUGAGUUGCCAGCACUGGAUUAUGAGUCAGCUAUUCCAAUGCGGUAUAAGGCCCUUUGCGUGAAUAGGAGGGAUGAGACAAGAUUGGACCCAGUCAGGGAUCGCUUUUCAAAUUUACUGCAGCAAGGCCGUAGAUCAAGGACCAACCAGGGCAAGAGGAAGCAUGUUUCGUUGUGACUCCAGCCUAGCGAGACGCCUCACUGCACACAGGCUGUUUGGAGUGAGUUCUCUCAUGACAUCUUUGCCAGAGAUCCUCGCCUCCCGAGCAAAACCCAUCCUGGAAAUUAUUUGGUUAUGAGAACCUGCAUUCACACAGGGAACUGGCAGGCGGUAAUAUGUUUGGGGGGCCUGUUGCCCACCUGUGGGCGUGGGGUGUGCCGCUCUUCCUGUGGUGCGCCAGUGUCUCGGCCGCAGACAUCGUCCCGUGGCCCUGCCCGCAGCGCUGCGACUGCAGCCCGGAGACGCAGGAGGUGAACUGCUCCCGCAAGUAUCUGACGGCCGUGCCCGAGGGCUUCGCGUCCGACACCAAGCGCCUGGACCUGUCGUCCAACCGGCUGAAGACGCUGAGCCGCCGGCAGUUCCUGGGCCUGUCCAAGCUGCAGGAGCUGGACCUGAGCAACAACCUGCUCUCCAUGAUGGAGGUGGAGGCCUUUCAGGGGCUGCAGAGCCUCCGCGUGCUCAAGAUCCGCGGCAACCGGCUCAAGAUCAUCCCCGUGGGCGUCUUCACGGGCCUGUCCAGCCUGCGCAGCCUGGACCUCAGCGAGAACGAGAUCCUGGUCUUCCUGGACUACACCUUCCGCGACAUGGCCGCCCUGCAGCAGCUGAACGCGGCCGAGAACGACCUGGUGUUCAUCUCGCAGCGCGCCUUCGUGGGCCUCCAGAGCCUGCAGGAGCUCAACGUGGACCGCAGCAACUUCACGUCCAUGCCCAGCGAGGCGUUGUCGCAGCUGGGCGGCCUGGUCAAGCUGCGCCUGCGCCGGCUGACCAUCGGCGCGCUGCCCGACAACGCCUUCCGUCGGCUGCACCAGCUGCGCAGCCUCAAGAUCCUGCACUGGCCCUCGCUGGACACUGUGGGCAGCAACAGCCUGCUGGGCCUCAACCUCACCACGCUGGCGAUCACCAACUGCAACCUGAGCGCCGUGCCGUACGCCGCCAUGAGGCACCUGAUCUACCUGCGCUACCUGGACCUCUCCUACAACCCCAUCACCACCAUCCUGAGCAACCAGCUCGGGGACCUGCUGCGGCUGCAGGAGCUGCACCUGGUCGGCGGCGGACUGCUGCGGAUCGAGCCGGCGGCGUUCCGGGGGCUGGCGCACUUCCGGCUGCUCAACCUGUCGUCCAACCGGCUGACCACGCUGGAGGAGAGCGCCUUCCACUCGGUGGGCAACCUGCAGAUCCUGCGCCUGGACCGCAACCCGCUGGCGUGCGACUGCCGCCUGCUGUGGGUGGCGCGCCGGCGCCUGCGGCUGGACUUUGACGGGCGCCAGCCCGUGUGCUCGGCGCCCGAGCGCGCCCGCGGCCGGCGCAUCAGCGACUUCUCCGAGGGCGAGCUGCCGGUGGUGUUCACCUGCCGACAGGCCUACAUCCCCGACCGGCGGCCCCAGGAGGUGCUGGCCGAGGAGGGCACCACGGCGCUGUUCGACUGCAGGGCCGAGGGCUACCCGCUGCCCAGCAUCACCUGGCUGUCCACGCAGCAGACCAUGCUCACGUCCAUGGGCCGCAUCCGCGUGCUGGCCAACGGCUCGCUGGAGGUGCGCUACGCCCAGGUGCAGGACAGCGGCACCUACAUGUGCCUGGCCACCAACGCCGCCGGCAACGACAGCAUCUUCGUCAAGCUCCAGGUGCAGGGUUUCGCGCGCAACCGCACGGCGCCCUACUACCCCGAGGGCGGCUGGAGCACCACGCCGUACCCGCCCUCCACCAACAUCUCCGCGCAGGUGGCCAACCCGUACCCCUUCGACGCCAAGACUCUGGUCAUCGCCACCACCAUGGGCUUCCUGUCCUUCCUGAGCUCGGUGGCCAUCUGCUUCGUGUUCAUGUUCUUCUGGAGCCAGAGCAAGGGCCAGAUCAAACACACGGCCACCAUUGACUUUGUGCCGCGCUCCUCCAUGGGCGGCGGCGGUGGUGGGGACGGGGACACGGGGAGGUUCACCAUGAAGCUCAUCUGAAAAGAGGAAGUGAUGUCGCUGGCAUUCAAACCAUAGAUAAUAGUUGCACUGUCUAUAACUCAAACAGGCCUUCAAACAGUCUGCUUGUUAACCUGCUUUGACAGAGCAGGAAUCUGUAAUAACAAUGAUGAUAAUAAUAAUAAUGAUGAUGAUAAUAAUAAUAAUAAUAAUUACAAUAAUAAUGAUAAUAAGGGUUUGCUAUCAACUGUUACGUCUGUUAUUUAUAGUCUGUGUUUCAAGUGUUGAAGGUUAAACUGACAAUUGCUGUAUGCUUUAUGUUAUAUGGCAUUUAACCAUGUAUGAUACUCUCUAUUUUUCAUUAAGGUACAAUUUAAUUCAUGUAUUGUAAAUUGCAGUCCUCUCUGCAGUGUAUAUACAUUUUGCAUGAAGUGCCACAUUUAGCAGCAGUAUUUUGAUACAGAAGUCAGUGAAGGCACAUAUGAAUGGUUCUAAUGUUACAGUAUAUAGGGAGAUUUGAGAGAGUUGCUUUAUGUCUCAUAUAUAUAUGUAUGUAUUUAUGUAUAUUAUAUAUAAUAAAUUGAUAUGAACUUUUGGUUGCCUAACAAUAGGAUUUAUCUCACCAAAAAUGAUUCUAAGGAUAGAUGGCCAUUCAAUUCUAAUAAUUCAUUUUUUGGGUGCUUUGGAACUGUAAACGUUAGAAUACAUUUCAGUUAGAGUUGAUGGUAAAAACUAAAAUCAGUGUACUUCCAUUUUACACUUACACUGCAUAACCAUGCAUACAUUGCUGGCAUAAUGCUGACCAGUAUCUCCCAUGUCACUAGUGUAGUGUCUUCCCUAAAGCUUUUAUGGGCAAAUCAGGAACACGCCUCAGCGAAUAUUUUGCUUUGCAAAUGUUCACUUUGAGUUUUUAUAAAUAGCCUAUUCAUGACAUUUCUUUUUGAAAACCUCUUUGUAAACCUCUUUCAUUUUGCAUUUCUAACUAUUAAAACAAUAUGCAAUUUGUCUGUUGA